AUGACUUCUGUUGACGGAAAUAAAGAAUUUCACAGGAUUAAAGGGAUUCAUGUUCUAUGCCUCCUGGCGACUUGGAUCAUGCUUUGGGGAGCCACCACUGCCCAGAAUCUUCACCCUAUACAAAGGAAAAACGAUUUGAUUGGGAAAACAACAAAUCAUACCAAAACCUAUACAGGUGCUGCAACAUCCACAAACGUCAUUAAGACGACAGCCUCACAAGAAGAAACUUUCUUCACAAACACUGUUACAAGCACAUUGCUAAUGACUAUGACACAAAUCGAAACAUGCACAAGCACGAUUACCCGUCAGAAAAUCCUCACAAAAACAUACACACAAACCUUGACGAUGACUCGAAUCGUAACAAUCACUCGAACUCUGACAUCUACCUAUGUAGGUUACGGACAUAAAAGAGAGAUAGCUCCCACCAAAAGCCGACCUGCAAGUACACCCACUGAAAAAACUGUCGUGACAACAGCCACAACGUCAAUUACAACUUGCAAGAUCGUGUAUACGACGCUGCUGGGAUAUUUGACUACGGGAGAGGUGCAAAAGACCACCGUGACGAAGUUAGAAGAGGAAGUUAUUACGUCCACUGAAACCAUCACGCUUACGGCGUCUGCGAGAUCUAGCUCUGCCACGCAGAGUUCGAAGCCACCCAUGAUUCUUUUGGCUUCCAGUACUACUGGGCUUCAGUCUUCUGAAACAGGCCACCUACCAAGCAUUGUCCAUAUGUCUCCAACUCCUCUACCAGCUCCACGACCAACUCUUGCUUCAUCUCAGCCUACGCCACCAUCACCACCACGCCCACAGAACGACCCUCCUUUUCCUACACUGAUCCCACUCGAACCCUCUCUGACAACACCUAUCUCCCCUGUCUCUUUUACAUUUACACCACCAACAAUGGGGGUAAUAAGUACAGUUAUGGCUGGAAACUUAUUAGUCACAAUCGAAGGAUUGACUAGUGACGCUGUCCUGGUCAACUAUGAGAAAUUGGCUCGAGGAGAAGAGAUUAUCAGCAAUGGAUUAGUUUUUCUAAACACACCUUCUGGACUGGUUAUUAGCACAGUUCCAGUUGUGAUUGGAAACAUUGGAAUCGAAAAUGUCGGUAUUGUUAGGAUUAUGCCAUCAGCAUCAGGAAGCGGUGUUUUGGUCAAUGGUCACACGCUUACUCAAGGUGGAACACACAUUCUCUCAUCAACAACUUACAUUCUCCCAACUGGUAGCUCAAUGCCUCUCAUCAUUCCACCGAAAGCAACAGGUGUAGUGAUUGGCAGUUUGACACUUUUUCCUGGGUCAACCAUCGUGAUUUCGGGCAUGACUUAUGUACUUCCUACGGACGCAACUGUACCAGGUGUCCUCUUGAAUGGGAAGACAAUGAUGGCUGAAGAGACCGCUAUUGCAGGUAGAAAGACUAUUGUUGUUCCUAAAGUCGGUACGGUGGCCAUGCUUGCGACUGAGCUGUCAGUAGCCGGAGGAGAGGAUACGACAAAUCAGAAGGUCUCAACUUCGGGCAGAAGUGUGGCCGCUGCCGGCACUGGGUUUAGUUCUCCAACCGGGGGACAUAUAUCGCAGUUCCUUGAAGGGAGUCAUAUGAGCAAAACUACUGGAGGAAUAGACCCAACUGGCGGUUUACUAAAUCCAGAAUCCGAUAGAGGGCAAGACUCGAGUGGACAUAAAAGCUUAAGGAGUAUAUUCAGAGCUGGGUCUGUUGCAGCUGUUGUCGGUGUAUUUCAAAUGUUAAGGAAACAAUCAACUGAUGUGGGACUGGGGAAUAGAUCUACUAUAGAAGGAAAAUGA